AUGGCGGGCCAGGUCCUCCAGGCCAACCUUAACCGCGCCCGCCGGGCUCAGGAUCUUUUCCUCCAGAGCCUGGCGGAGCGCGGUUACGCGUUGGGCAUCGCGGCGGAGCCCUUCAGGCCCCCCGCGGACAGCCCCAGUUGGGCCGUCGGCGGGGGGGGCCUCGUCGCGAUCGUGCGCGGCGACGCCGCGGGCUCCCCUCCCCUCCGAGUGUUGGAGGUCGGGGGGGAGUUCGUGGCGGCGCAGUGGGGAGGCAUCACCGUGGUCGGGGUCUACGUGUCCCCGAGCCUGAGUCUCGCCGAGUACGAGGGGUUCCUGGACAGGCUGGGGGGUGCAUAG